CCACACGUAAAGUACGAAAAAACUGCUCCAAUUUCGUGAAAUCGUGCAAAAAGCUCCAGUUAGUGCCACUGUGUGUUCGACUUAGCUGCUCAAAAGACCCCGAAAGAACCGCAGCAUGGGUAACGUGUUGGCCUCCUCAAAACCGAUUGCUGGUCCCGGCGGUCUGCCGCCUCCGAUGCCUACAGAAACGCUCUCUUCGAUCGGUGAUGGAGCCGGUGCGCCGGAUAAAGCAUCAGGUGAUGCAAAACCAUUAGAAAAUCCAGGAACAAUGGAAGAACUACACAGGAAAUGCAAAGAUGUGAUGCCAACAAACUUUGAAGGAGCCAAACUGAUGAUAAACAAGGGCUUAAGCAACCACUUUCAAGUCUCACAUACGAUUAAUCUGAACUCCUCGAAUACUAGCGGUUAUCGUUUCGGUGCGAUGUACGUCGGCACCAAACAACUAUCCCCAACGGAAGCAUUUCCCGUUGUGCUCGGUGAUAUUGAUCCAUCGGGCAAUCUAAACGCAAACAUCAUUCAUCAAGUAACACCGAAUGUUCGGUGCAAAUUCGCAUCUCAGAUCCAAAGCAGCAAAGUAACGGCAGCACAACUUACGACAGAUUAUAAGGGACCGAACUAUACGACCUCGCUCACCGUCGGCAAUCCAAAUAUCAUUAACAACUCGGGUGUUAUGGUCGCACACUACCUGCAGGCCAUUACGAACCAUUUGGCAAUGGGAGGAGAGUUCGCUUACCAGUACGGGCCGGCAGUUCCCGGUGGACAAAUUGCUCUAAUGUCUGCCGCCGCCAGGUAUGCAACCGAUCUGUACACAUGGUCCGGCACGGUUGGUGCGGCAGGAGUACAUCUUUGCUAUUAUCAACGUGCCAGCGAGCAGCUACAAAUUGGAGCGGAAGUAGAAACCAACUUCCGAAUGCAGGAAUCUGUUGCCACCAUUGGCUACCAAGUGGACCUGCCAAAGUCGGACCUUGUGUUCCGGGGUAUGGUGGACAGCAAUUGGACAGUCGGAGCCGUCCUAGAGAAGAAGUUACAACCUUUACCUUUCACCUUUGCGCUCAGCGGUAUGCUGAAUCACACUAAAAAUCAAUUCCGACUCGGGUGUGGGUUGAUUGUGGGCUAGAUGCGUAGAAGCUGGUGAACCAGUAGAAGACAUUGAAGGCGAUCAAAGUAAGCAUUUCCUUUCAAAUUCCGACACAUUCUUAGAACUGGACUGGAAAAACGAAACCUGCGAGAGAAUAGCAUUAACGGUAUGCAACAACAAAGAAGAAAGUUACAGCGGAGAGCUACACCAUACGGCUGGACAGGGGACUAAAGGGUCUUACAUAGUUAGAAAGGAAGUCAUCAAUAUAGCUGCUAAGCAAAACGGGCGAACCGUUGUACACUGUGCGUUGUACAAAAUGUGGUUUACAUAGAGUUUAUAAUCACCCACUGCUUCCCUGGCCAGCACUACCCGAACAUAAUAUCUGUGCAAAGCAACCCGUGUGUUGCCCAUUUCAUUUGCGAGGAAAGUGUUGGUAGUAUUGCAUCUGUGACUGCCUGCGCCAUAGUGUAUCAUUCAAGUAAUAAAUUUUUCGUUAAUGCGAGCCACAAA